GUCUCGACAAUAGGAAAGGCUCGUCUGACAAUGAAUCCUCUGCGCACUUUGUGUGUUAUGGCGUGCCUGAUGGCCGCGACUUUGGCCACACCCCACAAUGGCAACCAAAAGCGCUCUAACUCGCUGAAUAACUACGAGGAUCCCAGCAACUGGGUAAGUCCAAGCGAGAUUGAGCAACUGCCAAUGCUCAAGGAUGUGACCCUGCGUCGUCUCGAGGAAAUGACCGUUGAUGAUGGAGCUAAGCUGUUGGAAAAAUUGUAUCACUUGUCGCAGUUCAACCGCGUCUUCAAACCCGAAUAUGUCCCAGAGCCCAGCCAGAUUAAAGGCUACAUUGUUGGCGAGCGUGGCCAGAAAAUUGAAUUUAACUUGAAUACCUUUGUACAGACCGUGAAACGUCAAUCUAACUUUGGCAACGACGAGGUGACCAUUUUCAUUCAGGGUCUGCCACAGAGCUGGAACCACGUGAGCAAAGCCAACCGAAAGUUGGUGCAGGCCUAUGAACAGCGUUACAAUCUCCAGCCCUACGCCGAUCAAGAUCAAUCCGACAGCAACGAGCAAAAGAGCAGCAGCGAGGAAAAGGAAAACCAACGCCGCAAGCAGAAUCUAGACAAGGACGACACCAAGACCGGCAAUAUGGUGGUCAUAACACUAGGCGAUCUUAUUGAAGACUUUGAACAAUACGCAACAUUGAAUGUGGAGCGCAUUGGUGAAAUCGUUGGUGAUCGUCUUGUGCAGCUGAUCAACGAGGUAAAUAUUCCCCAGGAAAUUAUCCAUUUGAUUGGUCAGGGACCCGCUGCUCACGUUGCCGGUGUCGCUGGUCGCCAGUACACCCGCCAAACCGGACACAAGCUGCGCCGCAUCACUGGAUUGGACCCCUCUAAGCUAUACGCCGAGACUGAUAACAAACUGAGCGGACUGGCCCGUGGUGAUGCUGAUUUUGUUGAUGCUAUUCAUACGUCUGCCUACGGUAUGGGUACCCCAGCACGCCUUGCCGAUGUUGACUUCUAUCCAAAUGGCCCAGCCGCUGGUGUUCCCGGUGCUGACAACGUUGUAGAGGCAUCUCUGCGCGCCACCCGCUACUUUGCUGAGUCCGUUCGCCCAGGUAACGAGCGCAACUUCCCUGCGGUCGCCGCCAGCUCCUACAAGGAGUACAAGCAAAACAACGGCUAUGGCAAGCGCGCCUAUAUGGGCAUUGCCACCAGUUACGACAUCCGUGGCGACUACAUGUUGCAGGUCAACUCGAAGAGUCCUUUUGGCCGCAAUACCCCUGCCCAUACACAGAACGGCUACCAUUCCGCGCAUGAGUCAUGGAAGCAACAGGAACAGAAGAACUUCGCAUAAUUAAAAUGAUCAGACCAAACUCACGAAACUAAAUUAAUCAAACAACAAAACGCAUUUCCUUCUGUAUUGAAUGCCAAGUUUCUGCUUGGUUAUCAAAUAAAAUUUUGCAUUUUUUAAAAA